CACAAACUCAGCCUUCAGGUACAACAAUUAGCACAUAGCAGCUACUGUUAAUGCAGUUAACAUAUUUAAUUGUUGUGUCGGGUCAUGUCUGCUCUGAGCGGGAAAGUCCAGACAGUCCUGGGCCCGAUAGAUCCAGACCGACUGGGUCGCACCAUGACCCACGAGCACCUGACUAUGAGCUUCGAGUGCUGCUUCGUCCCGCCGGCUCCGGGACAUGAGGACAAUUCCUUGGCACCCAUCCAGCUAAAGAACGUGCACUGGCUCCAGCAGAACCCGUACAGCCACCGAGAGAACCUUCUUCUGUGCCAGGAGAUCGAGGCAGUGCAUGAUGAACUGGUAUGCUUCAAGAAGGCUGGAGGAGGCACCAUUGUGGAGAACACGACGACGGGUAUAACUCGAGAUCUGCCCGCUUUAUGCAAGCUGGCCAAGGACACAGGGGUUAAUAUCAUCGCAGGGGCCGGAUACUACGUGGAUGCCACUCAUUCUGAUGAGAUGAGGAAGAUGACCGUGGAGAAGCUCACUGAUGUUAUCGUGAGUGAGGUGUCACACGGCGCUGAUGGCACAGACGUCCGCUGCGGCGUGAUUGGAGAGAUCGGCACAGGCUGGCCAAUCACAGAGAGCGAAAAGAAAGUGCUGCGUGCCACUGCGCAUGCUCAGACACAGCUGGGCUGUCCGGUUAUCAUCCACCCGGGCCGGAACAACGCCGCCCCUGGCGAGGUAGUCCGAAUCCUCCAGGAGGCUGGAGGAGACAUCUCUAAAACCGUGAUGUCUCAUCUUGACAGAACCAUAUUUGACCAUGGCGAGUUGCUGGAGUUUGCGAAAUUAGGAAGCUAUCUCGAGUACGACCUUUUCGGCACAGAAAUGCUGGACUACCCCUUUAAUUUGGCCGUCGACAUGCCCAGUGACAGCCAGAGGGUUCAAACCCUGGCGUUUCUAAUUAAAGAGGGCUACGAAGACAGGAUCGUCAUCGCUCAUGAUAUCCACACCAAGAACCGACUGACCAAAUAUGGCGGCCAUGGUUAUUCCCACAUCCUGAAGAAUAUUGUCCCCAAAAUGCUUUCCAGGGGCAUCAGCCAAAAGCAGGUGGAUAAGAUACUGAUAGACAACCCCAGGCAGUGGCUCACCUUUAAAUAGAUCAUCUCUCUCUAGCCGCUUUAUCAAUAGAUCUGACAUUUAAAUCUGAUGAAGGAGAAAAACAGUCAUGUGAUCGUACAGCAAAAGUGUUGUAGUGUAGGAGGAGAAAUAUCUGCUUGGGAUGUUUGGAAUCAUACAAACAUGAGUUUUUACAGCUUUGAUAACUAAUAUGAUUUGUGUGUGUGUGUGUGUGAGAGAUAUUCAGUGAAUUGACAGCAGAUGCUUCACCUUGGCUAUUCAGUCGGUAUCUAAUUAAGAAAAAUCAAAAUAGAUUUCAAGGCUGUUGUUUUGUAGAAGUCAUCAGGGAAAACGGAUGGAGUUGAUUCAUUACGAGCACAAUUAAAGACGGGUUUUGGGACAUCGUUCAAUACUCCAGAGACAAAAAUGAACGGAACACCUUUUGAUUUCAGACAAAUACCUCAUGCUAAUCAUUGUGCCUCAAUGAGACAUCACGUCAGUGCAACGACUGGGCUUUGAUUGUGUUGUUUUUGUUUUUUUUUGUUUGAUUGUUUUAUUUCUUCAUUCAAUCCUAAUUAAAAAUGCAGUCCAACAAUGCUGCAUUUAAUCGCAAUAACAGCACUGCAGAGAAAUAGCACUUACUUUGCAAAAGCUUUAAGCUUGAUUCGGUUAAAGCUAGACGGCCUUUCAGACUUUUCAAGUGUAGAUCAUAAAAAGAAUUUUCCCAGACACCGAAUUAUUAUCUUUGUUUAGUGGACCGAAUUCGAAUCACAGACUUCCAGUUUUAAGUUUAUUUUUUUUUUAAUAGAACAAUUUAUGAAUUUAAGGCCAUGUGGCCCUAAAUUCUCCGCUAUUUUUUUUUUUCCUGCUUCACCAUGAUUUGAUACAAGAUACUGCGUCAUGCAUCACGUGGUGGGCUUUCCCCGUUUGCACAAGGCAUUGUGGGAUACAAAUUUGAAACAGGAGAGAAAAAUGGAGGACGUGAGUGUGCGAAUGAAACGUGAAAGACCGACUACAGUAACGGAAAGAAAGCGAGAAGAAAAGACAUUAUGUUAUAUACGAAGGAAAGGAAACGCAGGACCAAGCUAAUAAAUAUCGGCGGUCAGCGAGCACCUCGGUGUGAUCAGCUGUUCGUUUAGCGACAGGACGAUGGAACUGUCAGUGCACGCUCAAAGGUAAACCUGUAGAUGCGCGCACACACACACGGACUUCCUCUGUCUGCUUGACUGCGCGAAGCGAAUGAUUUCAUGCAAGUUAUUUGCUUUAAUCCCCUCAAAUUAAAUAACUUCCCAGCCACAGAACAGAACGGCCUGAUAUUUUGUGAGAUAUUACAGAAAUGAACAUGUAUCACAAUGAUCACAUUUCAGAGAGAACUAAAUUUCACCAAUUUUAUGAAAUCGAAAUGCCGUCUAGCUUUAAUUUUGACUUUAUUCUGAAUUUAACAGUAAAAUAUUAACAAUUAAUAAAAUGUACUUAAAAUAUAUUGGUUUGUGAGAUGCAGUUUUAGAUUUUAAACCUUAUCAUUUUAUUGCUUUCACUAUGCAAUAUUUUUGAUGGAAACACAAUGAUGUGAUACAGUACUGUGCAAAAGUCUUGGCACCUCCUUUUUUUUUUUUGUUUUCAAUCCAAGCUUUGUUGUAUUUUAUGACUUCUGCAUUAUCGAGUUGGUACAAAAGCAUUUUAGAGUUCCAAACAUUUGUUUAUUUUUUUCAGCACAAAAUUAAAUAUUACAGAAAAAUGUUUGUAUCUGAGAUCUGAGCAGCAUGUUCCAUUCCAUAAGGGAUGACUUUCCAGAUUAAAAAAGAAAACAUAAUGAAGGCUGCUGGGUUUUGGUGCAAAAUGAAGACGUGAAUGUGACAAAGUGUCCAGAAGAACUGUGGCUGGUUCUGUAAGAUGCUCAGUAAAACCUACAGCUCAUUUCCGCAUAAAACUGCACUCACUGGACCUGAGACUACAAUUUUUAUUUUUUAUUUUUAAAGCAAAGGGUCGUCUCACACCAACUACUGACUUUGUUUUAUUUAUUAUGGCUUACUGAUUACUGUUUAUAAUAUAUUUUUUUUAAUUUUGAAACAUCUCAUUUCAUUAUUUUUGAGCCAUUUUUGUUCUACAGCAUUUAUUUACAUCUCUAAGACUUUUGCACAGUACUGUACAUCUGCCUUUUUUUUUAA